AAGAUUAUAUUUGGAUGUCACUACAGAGAAAUAACCAGAUUUAUUAUUAAAGUCAUGUAAACGUGCUUUACUUGCUUUGUCAGUUUACUGAUUUGCAUGUAAAUAGGCAAAACUGGUUAUUUUAAUCAGCUGAUUUGCAUAUAAACGGGCAAAACUGGUUAUUUUAAUAAGCUGAUAAUUGUGAGCUAUCAGCUGAUUUGCAUGUAAACAGGCAAAACUGGUUAUAUUUCAAUAAGCUGAUAAUUGUGAGUUAUCAGCUUACUGGUGUGCAUGUAAAUGUGCUCAUUAUUGUAUCCUGGUUUCCUUAACAAUCAAGUCACACCAAAGCACACCCUAGCAACUGUUAACGGUAUGGCAAGCCAAACUGACUUUUAAUCAUUCUUAGGAUCUUGAUAUCAACAAUUACAUUUUCACUAGUUAAAAUAAUGAAAUUUUUACUAGUAGCAAUGGUAAUUUCUGAUAUCAGGAAUUUCAUUUCCACUAGUGAAGAUGUGAAUUCUUGAUAUCAAAAACGACAUCACUCACAGAAAUCAAAGUCUUGAUAUGAAAACAUUUUUUCCUUGACCAUUGUUUUGGCAUAUUAAGCCACAUUAAGCAGUUUUAGGUGUUUUAGAAUGUCCCUUCUUGUGUGAUAUGUUUUAAGUCCUCUGAGGCCAUAGCUUUAUGUCAGAUAAAACUGAAAUAUAAUUUGUUAUUAGCUGAAAAUCAUCUUGUCCUCCACUGUAGCUUUUAUAUCACCUUCAUGCUUUAAAUCACGAGCAGUCACAAAACAAACACACUUAAAUUUGGGUCAGUUUGAACUAUACAUGCUUGUGAAGCAGAAGAGAACUAGAGAUAGUGGCUAAAGAUCAAGGCUUGUAAAUGAAAGGCUGCUAAUUCAAGCUCCACAAUGAGUGAGCUAUAAGAUCUCCAAUGUGCCCUUGGGUGUUAAUAAUUUGAAUUAGGAAUAUUACUUAAAGUUCUUUUGCUUUGUGAUUAGUUCUACAAGAUUUGUCAUUGUAAUUAUUUUCCUUUUUAAACAUUAUAGAACUAUUUUAGGAAAGGUCCUAAUUUGUGUGGAAACAACGCAGAAAAUCAGUCAAGGUUUCAUCUGUAACUGAUAUUCAAAUGGAGUAUUAUACCAGCUCAACCAAAUAUGGUGCUCGGAUUGAACUCCAGACUGAAGUAAGGGAUAAACUCUCUAAUCUUGAUGUUGUUUUGGGAAAUAUGUAUGAAGAUGGGGAUAUUGAUCCUCAGCUUGUCUUGGAGAAGGAAGCAGAGUUCUACAAAGGAGCCCCACCACAAUGGCUGAACUUCUACUAUGCUGAGAGAAAUCAUACACCUUUUGUUAAGAGGGAUAUAUACACAAAAAUAACACAACUUAUACAAAAGAAAAGAAAAAUAAACUGUAGCACAUCCAGUAUUAAUCUCUUUCAUCAACCAGGCAGUGGAGGUACUACACUGGCAAUGCAAGUUCUCUGGGACUUGAGGAAAGAGCUCAGAUGUGCACGAGUUAUUGAUUCAGUGUCAGAUUCAAAAGCAAUUGCGCAACAAGUAAUACAUCUGUUUAAUGAGGGUGCUUCACAAAACCAGAACACAGUCCUACUACUUGUGGACAGAGAGACAGACACAAAUGAGGACAUGCAAUUUAUCUCUGACUUGCAAGACAAUCUGACUAAAAAAAUAAAACAGAGCAAUAUCAAUGCAAACAUUCCUGUGGUCAUCAUUUUAAACUGCCUUCGAAAAAAGAACAAAACAGGAAAGGAGAAAUUAAUGUUGUGUACAAGCCUUUCGAAAGAAGAGCAGGACAAUUUUAAUGCCAAACAUACAGAGAUUGCUGAGAGACACGACAGACACAAGGAAUUUCAUGGCUUUAAUAUAAUGCAGAGGAAUUUCAGCCAAACUUACAUUACAGAGGCCUGUGAAUAUCUCAAACCUUUAAAGACAAAAAGGAGACCUCGCAAUGCUCAAAUGCUGUCUUUUUUGGCUUUGAUUAACUCAUAUGUCCCAGGUUCAUAUCUUACUGAGACCUUGUGCCUGGAAUUUGUGGAUAAGAAAAAUCACAUUUCUGGCCGUCCCACUUUGGAAAAACAAAUGGGGGCCUUUGCUGAUCUUCUGGUCAUGUAUUCAACACGUCCUGGAGAGACCAAAUAUAAGGACAGAUGUAUACGAAUGGCACAUCCAAUGAUCGCUGACAAGUGUCUACAGUUACUAACUGAUGCUGGUGUAACCUUGAGAGAUACGACUAUAAAACUCAUCUCACACUUAUGCCCUCAAACAAUCCCACCUUACUUGGUGAAAACAAUCAAACAUCUGCUUACAAAGCGAGAAAAAUAUCUGCCAAACGGUGAGAGAGAAGAAAGACUUCACAAGUUCUCCAAUCUUAUCCAAGAUUUUAAGGAGAAAGAAAAACAAUCAAUGUGUGUGGGAGUGUUCAAACAUGCAGCUAAGAAGUUUCCACAGGAUCCAUUUAUUCCACAAGCUCUUGCACGUUUUUACUACAUUGAGUUAAGUGAUUAUGCAAGAGCUGAAACCUGGGCGAAAAUUGCUAUUAAGAUGGAACCAAAUAAUUCUUUUAUCAGAGACACACUUGGACAAGCCUACAAAAACCAACUGAAGAACCGAAACCUUGAAAAUCUUUCUAGAAAGAUUUUACAGAUUGGACAGAAAGCUUUUAAAGCUUUUGAAGAAGAGGCAGAGAUCGCAGAAAAGGAACUAGAACCAAAGAUCCAAGAGGACGGUGUGACUUUUGUCUCUGCUGUUUUUAAUUACAGAGGGCUUUUUGGCUACAUACAGGUGGCAAACACGAUUUUCUACAAGCUAAAAAACAUUAACCCAGAAUGGUCCAAAGUGCUCAGACAGGAAACACAGUCUCCCAGUUUAAUCUGCUCUGAAAAUUGUAAAAAAUACCAAUCUCUCCUCACAAGCUUAAGGCAAAGAAUUGAAGAGAAAUGCAAUUUUUUUGAGUCCUUUCUAAUAUGCUCAAAGCCAAACAUUGAUAAAAAUGAACCACAGUACAUUUGGACAGACACUGCCAAGUGCUACGAAAAUUAUAUAAAAGAAGAGGAACAAUUCAGCAGGUCUUUUGCAGGUCUGCUUUCCACUUUUAGUCACAUAACAAGUGUUUCUGACUUGGAGCAAAUCACAGAACAAUGGAGAGAGAUUUAUAUGAAUUCGCAGUUUGAUGGUGAUGCUCAAAACUACAUUCUCGCCAACAUCAUGUUGAGUCAGAAGUCUGCAAACUCUGAAAUACUCAGACCAGUGCCAGAGCUCCAGGACAUAUUACAGAAACUUUGGGGGAGACAGAAGAAAAAACAGAAGCCCAGACUUUUACCUCUUAGUCCUUCUGCUGUUUUGGCAUGAUAGUGCAAAGAAAACAGGUAACACUCCAGACCUUGAAGAGUGUGUCCAAUACAUGUGGGAGUCAUAUGAGAGAAACCUAUCAGAAAUACCUUCGCUCUCGCUACCUUGUUCCUCUCUUCUUCCUUGGGAACAGUGGAGGAUUGCAGAGACUUGUUCAUUCCUCUGAACUACAUAGGAGUAACCCUGACCACU